AUGUUGCCAGCGCUGCCAGAGCAGCAGCAGCAGCAGCAAGAGCAGCAGCAGCGGCAGCAGGAGCAGCAGCAGCAGCAGCAGGAGCAGCACUAUCAGCAGCAGGAGCAGGAGCAGGGGCAGGGGCAGGGGCAGCAGCAGGCCCGGGCCCCACCGCCCGGCGUCCCCGUCACGUCGGGCGCUUGGGAGGUCCUUAUUGCCUGGCUGGCGCCAGCUGGCAACCGCUUGAGCACCCUGGGCCCUCUGAGGGCGUCAAGCAGGCGCCUGCGCGACGUGAUCGACGGCGGCUACGUCGAUGUUCUCAGCAUCGGCUGCUAUAAGGGGGCUUCCGGCUGCGACCCUGAUCAGCUCACCGCCACCGCCAGGCGCUUGCAAGGUGUCACAGCGCUUGAAUUUGCCUACCGGACCUAUGACUCAAGUAUCCUUGCUGCCAGCCCCUCAGAGCUCAAGAGCGUCCUGGCGAGCAACAUCCUCGUGCUGACUCAGCAGAUGGCGGCCGUGGAGCAGCUUCCCAGGCUGACUGCGGUGUACGGCGCCCCAGGCCACCCGCCGCUCAUCUCAGAAAUCGCCCGCGUCGCCCUCGGCAACCUGCACGCCUUGGCAAGCGUGCGCGACCUGAGCCUCUGGAUACCGCUGCCACGCCAGCAUUACGACCACGAGCCGGAGUUCGACCCGUCGCCGCUGUCGGCGCUGUUCGGCCGCCUGACGGCCCUCAAGCUGCGCUUUGAGAUGCGGCCAAAGAUCGCGCGCGCCUUCAGGCCGCUCCUGCGCGGGGCGACGUCCCUCGAGACACUCACGCUGGUGGACUGGCCCAAAGGCAUCGCGCCGCCGGCGCUGGCUGGCCUGACGGCACUGCGGCGGCUGGAGCUCAUGACCUCGGGCGACUUGGAGAACCUGCAGAUGCUCGCGUGCGUCGCGGGGAAUGCGCUCACUUCUGUCACUGCCCUCGUGCUAGGGGACACCUCGGAACACUUCUUAGAGCGCGGCAACAUUUUCUCAGACAGCCCGUUCAGCUGCCCGGAGGACAGCGCCUCCGACCCCUUUCGGGACAUCGGUUUCAACGUGCCAAACCUCGAGGUGCUCGAGAUCGCAAGAGGGGUCGCUCUCGAGGGCCCCAAGUCGCCCGGCCCCGCACAGGCGGGCGGCGCGGGGCCGCCGCCGCCGCUGCCGCCGCCCCCGCUGCCGCGGCUGCGGGUGCUGAGGGUAGCCUGGCUGGACUCGUGCGGCGAGGGCAACCACGAGGCGGCCCGCCGCGGCGACCUCCACCGGGUCGCGCCUAACCUCGAGGAGCUCUACGUGGAGACCAUAACCUCGAAGUUCCACCCGGGGCCCCUGCUGCGCGGCUUGCGGCGGCUGAGGCUGCUCGAGAUGGGCGACGAGAGCUCCGUGGAGGGGGCACCCUGUUGGAUGGCCGUGGCGCAGCCCAGUGCGCGCGACAAGACACACCUGCGCCUGCCGCUUGGGCGCGAUGGUGCCAUCGAGGGCGCCCCGACUGCGCCGGGCGUCGAGGCGGCGGCGCCUGCUGAGGAGGGUGCCGGCGAGGCCGCGGGCGCGGCGGCGGGCGGGCUGGAGCUGCGCUUGAAAUGGGAUAUCGACGGCGUCCGCCUGGAACCAACCUUGAUAUUCGCUGACGCCGUGCGGCAGUGGGGCGGCCUGCGCCGCCUGCGCCUCGAUGGCAUUGUGGACGGCGCGGACAGGGUGCUGAGGGUGCUUGGGGAGAGCCAGCUCGGCGGCUGCCUGGAGGAGCUGCAUGCUGAGCAGUGCUGGGUGAGGCGCCACUGGAACAAUAUGCUCGAGGACGCCGCGCCAGAGGCGCCGCCGCUGCCGCCCCGCGCAGAGGUCCUGCCGCGGCUGCUGCUGGCGCUGCCGCAGCUGCGGCGGGUCAGGGCGCUGUCGCUGCGGCUGACUGACCCGUGCGACGGGGUGGCGACGGCGCAGAUGGCGCCGCGCGAGCUUGAGCGCAUGGCGGCGCCGAUGAGGUGGCGGGAGGAGUGGCAGUGCGACGAGGAGGAGGAAGUUGAUCAGGUGCAGGGAGGCGAGGCGCCAGCGGUGGCGGGUCCGCCGGUGGUGCGCAUUGCUUUGGCGUUUCAGGCUCACGGGGUCGACCCGGCGUUUGCGAGGGCGCUCAUGGCAAGACACCCAGGCCUUGUGCUCGUGCUGUCGUGA